UUUACUGGAGUUGAUGCGUGGUGUUCUGUAGCGUCUCCCACGGCUAUCCUUUCCUCUACUCGGGAAACCUCUCCUACUCGUCAGAAUCAAUGCGAAGCAGCAGCGAGGAGCGCAUUGAUGCUGUGCGGUCUGUAGCUUUCUAUUCUCUGGAGAACAAGGACUAAACUCUCUGUUACACCUUUCUUCUUGCAUAGCUCUUCUGUGCAACGGAGAAGACGGACAACAUGAUUUGCUUUAUCUUCGUGGUCCUAUGUGGAUUGUCUGGCAGUGCACUCGCAAAAGGUAAAGUGGAGAGGGAGCCUAAGGGGAAGUUCAGUGUUCCAGUUCUGGAUGUGAAGAGUCGACACCUAGUCCUGGAGGCCAACCAAACGCUGACGAUCCACUGCAGGGGUCGGUGGGAGCUGUCGUGGGUAUUCCCUGGAGGUGUGGCCAGAGAUAAGGAGAGUGUGCAAUUGGAGGAUUCUCGCUGUGGGAGGCAGAGCCAGCAUUACUGCAGCCAACUGAUUCUUAGCUCCGCCCAGGCCCAGCACACAGGAUCGUUCCGGUGUCGGUACAGCCAUCGGACCCGCAGGCAGAGCGCUGUCUACGUCUAUGUCACAGACAGACAGCAGCCAUUUGUGGAGAAGCAAAAUGACAGUCCAGAUGUGGUGUAUAUGAAGGAGAGCCAGCCACUGGUGUUCCCCUGUAGGGUCACCAACCCUGACGCCACCGUCUCAUUGGUCAAGUUCCCUGACCGUGAGUUGACCCCAGACCAGAGGAACAUAGUGUGGAACAGCAGACAGGGCUUCCUCAUCCGCAGUCCCACCUACUUCUACAUCGGCCUGUUCUCCUGCAAGACCACUGUCAACGGGACCACACACUCCCUCAGUUACCUCACACACAGACAAGUGAAUAAGAUCAUGGAUGUGUAUCUGAACAGUACCAGUCCAGUCCAGGCUUUACAGGGGGAGAGUCUGGCCAUCAACUGUACUGUCACUGCAGAGUGGAACAGCAGAGUGUCCAUCAGCUGGGACUACCCCGGGCAGGCAAACAGGGCAGCCAUAAUUAGUAGGCGGAUCAUGGCCAGUAAAACUCACAUGGUAUUCUACAGUAUUCUGUCCAUCCCUCAACUCCACCGCUCUGACAGAGGGCUCUAUAUCUGCCGAGUGACCAGUGGUCCGGUCAGCCGAGAGACUAACGUAUCUGUCACAGUCUACGACCGUCCGUUUAUCCGUCUGACGCCCAGACAAGGGGCUGUAGUGGAGGCUCAUGCAGGACAGAAGUCCUACCGACUCUCGCCCAAACUACGGGCCUUCCCUGCCCCAGUGAUCAUCUGGUUGAAGGAUGGGAAGGUAGCAGCAGAGCAGUGUUCCCGUUACCAUGUGGAUGAGAAUUCCCUAGUGAUCCGGGAUGUGGCGGAGGAGGAUGCAGGGAAGUACACUAUCCUGGUGGGAAUCCAGGAGCACGGACUCUACCAAAACCUAACGCUCUCUCUGGUGGUCAACGUGAGUCCUGGGAUAGAGGAGAAGGCAGUGUCAUUGCAGGACCCAGGUAGUGUCCCGCGGGGCAGCAGACAAGCCCUGCACUGCACCUCCCACGGAGUCCCCCCUCCUCACAUCGCCUGGCUCUGGCACCCCUGCACCCCCAAAGGCCUGUGCGUGCGUCCUCCAUCCUCCUCACUGUGGAGCCCCCAGCACGUCCACACACAACCACAUCAUACACACAGACAGGAAGUGCUCCAGGGGAAGAAUAAGACUGUGGGGAUUUUGAUGGUUGCUGAGGCAUUUGUGUCCGGAGUGUAUCACUGGAUUGCCUCUAACUCUGUGGGCAAGGAUGAACUGGACAUGCCCUUUUAUAUUACAGGUACAGUACAACGACAUCGCACCAACAUACUGGAGGAGCCAAGUGAGGGAGGAGACCUACACCUCACUUGCAUAGCCAAUAAGCACCUGUACACCAAGUUGUCAUGGCAACUGGUGACUGACACAGCAAAGGCCACACCCCCGAACCCCUCCCUGGGUGGUGAACUGUCUUCAGGAGAGUUCUCUGACACUCUGUGUCUGUUGCUUAGCAACCUGACGGCGGGGGAUUCUGGAACCUACUACUGCUUCGCACAUCACCUGCUGAAGGGACAGAACACACACCUGGACACACAGGUGGACAUUGCAGUACUGAAGACUCCAGUGCUGUUACAGACUGUCAGCAGCUCAGUGACACUCAGCUGCCCCGCCCACGGCGUGCCACACCCCCUCAUCACAUGGUACAAGGACCAACACCCUCUACUGCAUGGCUCAGGUAUCGUCAUAGCACCAGGAGGUGGGACCCUCCACAUUGACCGAAUCACAGUGGAGGAACAGGGUCUGUACAACUGCCAGUCUACCAAUGAGAGAGGCUCUGCUGUGGGCUCCGCCUACAUCUGGGUUCACAAGGGCCUGUCUCUGGAGAUCCCUACUCUCACCUGUACCUGUCUGCUGCUCACUCUCUUCAUACAUAAACUCAAACAGGCAGAGUACCUGUCAAUCAUCCUGGACCAGGAGGAGGGGCCUCUGGAGGAGCAGUGUGAUAGACUACAGUAUGACCCCGGCCAAUGGGAGUUCCCCAGAGACCGCCUCAAACUGGAGAAACCUCUGGGCCGUGAGGCCUUUGGAAAGGUCAUGCAGGUGUCCGCCUUUGGCAUCGACAACUCUACAGGCUGCAGGACUGUGGCUGUCAAGAUGCUCAACGAGGGGGCUACUCCCAGUGAGCACAAGGCUCUGAUGACAGAACUGACAAUCCUGAACCACAUCAGUCACCACCUGAAUGUGGUCAACCUGCUGGGAGCCUGCAUCAAGGCAGGGCCUCUGAUGGUCAUAGUGGAGUGCUGUAGGCACGGAAACCUCCCCACCUACCUGAAGAGCAAGAGAGACAUGUUCCUGCUCAACAGUGUGUCUCCAAGUCUCCUCUGCUCCUGGAGGAUCUCAUCUCCUACAGGUUCCAGGUGGCUCGAGGCAUGGAGUUCCUCUACUCAUAGAGAGACUAUGGCUUGAGUAUAACUGGUGUGUGCAUGUCUGUAGUUACUGCACCAUGUUGGCGUGCUGGGAGGCUAACCCCUCAGACCGCCCCACUGGCCUACUGGAAACACUGUGAGACCUGCUGGAGG